AUGUCUACUACUGCUAAUACGAUUCCUUUGAAUCAUCCAUAUCAGAAGGAAUUGGAGAUCGCUACGUUAGCAGUGAAGAGAGCCUCAGUGUUAACUAAGAAAUUGAGUGAUUCAAUUGCAAUUACCCAAAAGACUGGAACUCAAAUUAAAGAUGAUAAAUCUCCAGUUACUGUAGGUGAUUAUGCUGCUCAAGCAAUUAUCAACCAUGCUAUUAAGAUAAACUUCCCUGAAGAUGAAAUUGUAGGAGAAGAAGAUGCCGAUACUUUAAGAGAAGACACUGAAGAAUCUAAAAAGCUCAAUUGGAAGAUUUCAGAAAUCAUUAAUGAAGUUCAAGUAGAAACUGAAUCAUACAAUAAGAAGAUUGGAAAUUUGGAUGAUUUAAACGAAAUUUUCGAUAGCAUUGAUUUAGGAACUUCACAAGGUGGUUCAAAAGGUAGAUAUUGGGCCUUGGAUCCAAUUGAUGGUACUAAAGGUUUCUUAAGAGGUGAUCAAUUUGCUGUUUGUUUAGCACUUAUAGAAGAUGGUAAAGUUGUAUUAGGGGUAAUCGGAUGUCCAAACUUACCGGAAAUAAUUCUUUCCAAUGAAGAUAUGACUGGUGAGGUUGGUGGAUUAUAUUCAGCCGUCAAGGGAGUCGGAUCAUAUUAUGUCUCAUUAGCCACUGAUGGAUUUAUUCCAUUGGCUGAACAAGAAAAGAUUCAUAUGACUAAAACCACAUCUCCACAUGAACUUAAAGUUGUCGAAGGGGUUGAAAAAGGUCAUUCAUCUCAUUCAACUCAAUCUAAAAUCAAAAGAAUAUUGGGAUUCAAUAGCAAUACUGUUGGUAGACAAACUGUCAAUUUAGAUUCACAAGUAAAAUACUGUGUUCUUGCUAAGGGACAAGCUGAUAUAUAUUUACGUUUACCUGUCAGUAGUACUUAUCGUGAAAAGAUUUGGGAUCAUGCUGCUGGUAAUAUUUUGAUAUACGAAAGUGGUGGUAAAGUUGGAGACAUAAACGGAACUCCAUUAGAUUUCGGAAAGGGUCGUUAUUUACAAUCUCAAGGUGUACUUGCUGGUAAUGCAGAAAUUUUCCCAGCUGUAGUUAAAGCAGUUAGUGAUGUUUUAAAUGAAACACAGGAUGAAUAA